CACUUUGCUGAUAUAACUGAUGAUCAAUUUGAUUUUCAUACAUAUUGUUUGCAUAAAGUCACUCUUCAUGCAUAUUUCAGUAUUUUACAUUUGGAGGAUCAAUUAUGUUCUCAUCCUUAUUACUUUUGUUCUGCACAAAAUGCUAUAAAGAUAUAUCUUAAAUUAUAUGAUAGCCCAAACAUUGCUUCUUCUAGUGACAAUAAUAUUGACUAUGCCAACAUGACUGAAGGUGAAAUCAAAAAAGCAAAGAAUGAGACCAAAAAAGCUGCAAUAAAAGCACAACAGGAAGCCGAAACAAAAAAAGCCCUGGCAAAAAAAGAACAAAGCAAAAAAAAGAUUGAAAAACCACAAGAUGAUGAUCCAGAGG